AUGGGCCUGACCGAUGACAGAUUGUUUGGGAUAUAUGUGCCGCCUUUGACAAAAGACGAACUCGAAAAAUGGUUGGAUGGGAGCGAAAAGGACGAAGUGAGCGCAGACGCGGUUCGACGCGAACUACGCAAACAGGAAUUCUGGUUGGGAUUGCUCCAUGAGAAGAUUAGCAGUUGUCACGAGAAGGGAGUCCAAACUGCACAUCUCGACGAGCUCGCUUGGCAAAUUCAAAACGGAAUCACGGGUCUUAAACGAAAAAUCAAGAUGUUUUCCGAUCUAACAACAUCAUCAAUCGCUUCCGCUCCGAUCACUUCUGUUGAUCACGUCGAUACACGCUGCAUCGAAAUAUAUGAGGAGAAGCAGUUGAUGGCGACACAGCAGAUGUUGCGAGAAGACGUCGCCGCUGAAAAGAAGACGAUCGCCGGAUUGUGCUGGAAGCUAGAGCACUCCCAAUUGAACUCGGAAGAAGUGGAGGAGGAGACGGAGGAAGAAAAGGAGGAGGAGGAAUGGAAAGAAAGAUGUAAUUUGGAGGAAGCGGCUCGAAGUGCACUGAUUUCCGAAAUAGCUCGUCUCCGAUCGGAAUGUGCCAACUUAAGGGCACGUCUUGAAAUGGAAACCUCGUCCGAACAAUAG